UGCCUGAGAUUCGCACCUGUUUCUGUAUAUUUAGCCACUCGCAGCGUGCCAGACAAGCGUGGACAUUGUGGUGUGGAUCUGAGACUAAAAGUAACAGAAGAAAAAAGAAGCAAGGAAGAUAUACACACCAUAAAAGUAUGAGACUGAAACGGAGUGUGGCGACAAGUAUGAACUGAAGAUUACAGAGGAGGUCGACCGUUUUGUGGAAACGAGUUCUACUAAAUACAAUGAGCCAGAGGAAAGUCACAAUCUCUAUAUGUCGAAACCAGAAAAACUGAGAGCCACGGAGUCUAAACAAGCACCAAAAAGUGCAACAAUGAAAAAGAAGCCAGAGCCCAAAAGCGUGGGUCCCUUGAGAGACGAGGAUGGGGCUCCCUGGAAUGGAAUUACGCUCAACAGAUGCCUAGUCGUUGCUGCUGUUACUGCUCUUUUGAGUAUGGGCUUUCAGGUUCUCCAAGAUGCUGUUGACUCAGAUGAUAACUUAGCAGAAAUAGAAGCUGAAGCUUGGACACCACCUAAUCCAAAUGACCAGCUGCCGGAACCAUGGUUUUUUGAAGGUUGGUUUGGUUCAUCUAAGCCAGAAUUACCUGCCGUAGAAGAACCAGAAUAUCCUGAUGUUGAAGAGCCAGAUGUACUGGUGAUAGAAGAACCAGAAACAACUGCAGUUGAAGAACCAGAUGUACACAGUGAGGAAAUAGAUGAGGCAAAACCAUGGUUUUUUGAAGGUUGGUUUGGCUCAUCUAAGCCAGAAUUAGAGGAACUAGAAUCUUCUGACGUUGAAGAACCAGAGGUUUUGGUGAUAGAAGAACCAGAACCAUCUGCAGUUGAAGAACCUGAAGUACCCAGUGUGGAUAUAGAUGAGCUAAAAGAAACUAAGGCAAGUUUGUUAAUUCAGGAAUCACAAAAGUCAGAGAAAGGAAAAGAGAAAAUGUACAAGCAGAAGCCAUCGGAACAGUGGGGAUUAAAGGCUAAAGGCAAAUACUUGGAAGUCAAAGCUGCUAAAAUCCGGAGAGCACCUAAGGAUGGAUCCCAGAAAAGAGAAAUUUUUCCCUUUCCUAGGAAACUCAAGGAAUCAAAUAAGUCUUCUCCAGAGGCAAAGGAGAAUUUUAACAAAGAAAGAAGUUAUCAGAAAAAGUAUGACAAGAAAUUUGACCACCCAAAAAAACAGGAAUUUGGAAAGUCAUUCAAAAAGGAGAGGGGGGAGAAAGAUAAAUACUUCAAACAAAACAAGGGAAGGAGAGAAGACAAAGAGAACAAAAAAUACAAGCAGUAUCAUCAGGAAAAGGACUACAAGAGGAAGUAGAAUUAUACACGUCAUCGUUAAUGCAUCUUAACAUCAUGAUGCUUCACAAACUCAUUUGUGUGUCUAAAAAGCAGUACAAUAGCUAUGAUACAUGUAGAUUAUCCAUCCGAUAGAGAUGUGAUAUAGAGAACACAGCCGUAUUUGUGUGGCUGUGGAUGCACAAGACAUCAUAAAAGUUUAUAAUCCAUGUCUUUCACCAUAACUGUUAAAGAAAAUCCAUGUCAUCCAUGAUCUAACGUUGUUUGUCAUCUUUUGGGUUUAAAGGAUUACAUAUUUAGUUAGUACACACAUAGGCCCUCAUUCCGAGAUGAUCGUAGCUGUGCUAAAUUUAGCACAGCUACGAUCAUUCACACUGAAUGCAGGGAGACGCCCAGCACAGGGCUAGUCCGCCCCGCAUGUCAGUGCCGCCCCCCGCAGAAAUACAAGGGCAUCGCACAGCGGCGAUGCCUUUGCACUUCAAGAGUAGCUCCCGACCAGCACAGCUUUAGCGUGCUGGCCGGGAACUACUCGUCGCUCCCCGGCCCACAGCGGCUGUGUAUGACGUCACGCAGCCGCUGCGGGCCGCUCACCGCACGUUCCGCGCCCACAAAACGGUGGGCAAACGCCGCCGUUCCGCCCCCUCCCGCCCAGCGACCGCCUUUGCCUGUCAAUCAGGCAGAGGCGAUCGCAGCCCAGCUACGGCCUUCGGCCGUCUGGCAUGUGCAGUGGGUACCCGUUCGCUCGGCUGCGAUAAAAAGCAGAGAGCGAACGGGUCAGAAUGACCCCCAUAGUGCGAGCAUGCAUUUGUAGCAUAGCUGUUAAUUAUACAAACAGAACACUAUCACUUAUAUCUGAAUAGAGGAAUUGCCUUUGAACAUACAGUGGCCUUAUUUGUAUGUCAAUGCUUGUCAAUAUAUGCAGUCCCCUACCAUGUGUGCACACAAAUAUGCAUACGUAUCUAGAUGGGUGUGGUAUGGUAUGCCGGCGGUCGGGCUCCCGCGACCAGCAUACCGGCGCAGGGAGCCCGACCUCCGGCUUACAGACAGUGUGGCGAGUGCAAAUGAGCCCCUUGCGGGCUUGCUGCGGGCACGUUAGCGCGCUACGCGCGCCACGCUAUUUUAUUCUCCCUCAAGGGGGGUCGCGGACCCCCACGAGGGAGAAUAAGUGUCGGUAUGCCGGCUGUCGGGAUUCCGGCGCCGGUAUACUGUACGCCGGGAUCCCGACAGCCGGCAUACUGAAGACCACCCAUCUAGAUUUGUACAUAAUUCACACUCACGUGUCCUUUUUUUUUUGUUUUCUUCAAAAUGUGCCCAACCCUAAAUGAGGUACACAGUCAUCAAAUUAAUUCAAAGUAUGUUUUCUUGAUUUAUGCAUGUUUCCCAGGGGGUGUAGUACUUUGGGGCCCCAUAGCAACAUUUUGAAGGGGCUCCUGACCCAGUGCUUUUAGAGAGACACAUGUCUACAGCAGUUGUUAAUGUUUUGCCCCCUAGUAGUGCCCUAGUUCAUAUUUUGUCACAUUGUAGGGCUGUUGGUACACAUUAUGCAACACAGUACCCCCAAUUCACAUUUUGACACACAGGGGGGAAUUCAAAUGUUUGAAAAGUCGGUUGGGUGUCUUUUUUUCCCUGUCUAUUAGACCUUUCAAACAUUUGAAUUCCCCCCACAGUGUCUCUAGAGCCCUCUUGUUCAUUUGAUACCACAUUACAAUGAGCAUAAUUAGCUAUAUUGUAGGCCCCAAGGCAAAUGUUUGUAAGGGCCUCUAUGUAUAACCCAAUGGUAAAAAGUGUAUAUAACACAUGUAACUGUGACAGAGAAGGUGGGCCACUCUCAGCUCUGGGCCCCAUAGCAGCUGCACCUAUGGUAGCUAUGCCCUUGAUGUCUCCCAGUCCAUACUCAUACACCAUUUGACUUAGUGCUACUGUAUCUUCAUAUAGGUACAAUGCGUAAUAAAACUUCUUGAUCUUAUUGGAAA